AUGUCUCCGAUUCGCAGCUUCACCGCCCUUGCCUUGGCCCUUGGCGCUGCAGCCGCCCCAGCGGCUGUGGAACUUCCCAAGCUCGACGUCUCUGCCGGGCCUAUUCAUGUCUCGGCCGACGCACUCACCUCGAGCAUCCUGCCGGCCGCCGGCACCCAGCUCCGCCGCGAGGCGGCUUUGGGCGAACUCCCGAACCCGCCCGCCGCCAAUCUUCCUAGCUUCGAGCCGCCCAACUUCAACCUCCCAAAGGUCCCGUCCGCCGAUCCUCCCGCUCUCCCUGAGAUUCCUCAGAUCAAGCCGGAGGCCCCAACCGUGUCUCCUAUCAGCUUCAAGCCAGAGCCUGUCCAAGCCUCGGUGAAGGACAUCAAAGUACCGCGUGUCAUUGCUCCUACUGGACUUCCUGUUCAGCUCAACACUGAGAGCAUCGCCGUCUCCUUCAGCACUCCUGUGGCGGUCCCUGGCAUUGUUGUGCCUGAGCUGCAACCGCGGGAGACCGCACUUCCGAUUGAUGCCGCUCAGAUCGAUGCCCCGAGAGGUCCGCUCCCUACUGUUAGCGUCAAGCAAUUCUCGGCUAGUAUUCCCGCUGUCUCUGUCACCAUUCCGUCUGUCGCGGACAUCAACCCCGGAGUUCCAAAGUUGCCCCGCCGCAACAUCAAACUCCCAGCAGAGGUUGCGAGCCCUGCUGUUGAUCUCCCGGCUCUGAGCAGCGUUCUCUCCAUGUUGGGCGCUCUUGUCACAACUUCAGCCACCCAGCCCGAGGCUCGCGAUGUUGUUGUCGCUCUACCUGCAGUCACUUCGAUUGUCUCCGUCUUGGGCGAUGUCAAGGCCGCUCUUCCCCGCGACGACAAGUUUGCUGCAGUCAGCUCCGUCGUCUCUGUUCUGGGAGAAGUCAAGGCUUCGUUGUUGCCGCGCAACCCGCUUGUCGAAUCCCCUAUCAAGGUUGAAGCUGCCAGCACGACUGUCGACAUGGCUGCUCUCAACACCGUUAUCGCCGUCUUGAACAAGCUCGCCAGCCCUGAAGUUCGUCGCGACGCUUUGGUCCCUGGAGCCGAGCUUCCCAGUGUUACCGUCGAUCUCCCUAUCGUCAGCUCUGCACUCUCUGUGUUGGGCAGUGUCGCAUCUGCAGGCCUCUCCGUCAAGGCUGCCCGCGACCUCCCCGUUCCCAACGUUCUUAGCACCGGUGUCGCCAUUGGCGCUGGCGUCAACGUUCUCCCCUUCACCGUCACCGUCCCGAUUCCCGGUGCGCCUGUCCUUGGUCGCGCGACUCUCGAACUCCCUCUCACUACUUUGAUCCCGGUCCUUUCUGUCAGCAAGUCUCUUGACAUCCUUGCUCGCGACACUAUCGAACUCCCUCUCACCACUCUGGUCCCAGUUCUUUCCAAGCCUGUUGACCUCCUCGCUCGCAACACCAUCGAACUCCCUCUCACCACCUUGGUCCCGGUCCUUUCUGUUAGCAAGUCUCUUGACAUCCUUGCUCGCGACACUAUCGAACUCCCUCUUACGACCUUGGUCCCGACCCUUUCCAAGCCUGUUGACCUUCUCGCUCGCAACACCAUCGAACUCCCUCUCACCACCUUGGUCCCGACCCUUUCCAAGCCUGUCGAGCUUCUGGCUCGCGACACCAUCGAACUUCCUCUCACCACUCUGGUCCCGGUUCUUUCCAAGCCUGUUGAUCUUCUCGCUCGCGACACCAUUGAGCUCUCUUUCACGACCUUAGUUCCAACCCUUUCUAAGCCUAUUGAUCUUCUCGCUCGCGACACCAUCGAACUCCCUCUCACCACCUUGGUCCCAACCCUUUCCAAGCCUAUUGAACUCCUUCCUCGCGAUACGCUCGAACUUCCUUUGACUACCUUGGUCCCGGCCCUUUCCAAGUCCGUCGACAUCGUUCCUCGCGCGACUAUCGAACUCCCUCUUACCACUCAGUCUCUUAGCAUCCUUCCUGCUGAGACCAAGAUUCCUGAGUUGCCGACCGUUCCCCAGUAA